AUGAAGUUCUUUUACGCCGCCAUCCUCGCCGCGGCCGCUCUCGGCCAGGGCAUCCUCGCUGUCCCUUUCGCCCCGGAGGAGGGCCUACACGCCCUCGCCCGGCCGCCAUUUGGUGGUCCUGGCGGCCCCCACGGUGGACCGGGUGGACCUGGCGGCCCGGGUGGUCCUGGUGGUCCCCACGGCGGCCCGGGCUUUGGUGGCCAUGGACCCCCUAAGCGCGACGUGGAGGUAGGCCCUGGCGGUCAUGGUGGUCCUGGCGGUCCCCACGGCGGACCAGGUGGACUGGGCGGCCCUGGCUUCCGUGGGCCCGGCGGUCCUGGUGGCCCCGGUGGCCCCGGUGGCCCUCAUGGCGGCCCGGGCUUUGGCGGCCAUGGACCUCAUUAG